CAAUGUUUGGUGUGGGUGAUAAGUCCCUCAUGGAUAAGCUGGUAGCUGGUAAGCUGUCGUUCUACGUUGGCCCAGGCGACAACCUGGUAGACUUUGUGUCUGUGGAGGAUGUGGCUAUGGGACAUGUACUGGCCGCGGGUAAGGGAGGGACUCAUGCACCUGUAUCUUGCACCUGGAUCAUGCACCUGUAA